GUGGCGAGGAUCAUCCCCCGGGAGGUGCGCUCCAACAUAGCCGAAUGUGAGCGAAGUUGCCGUCGUCGUGUAGACGAGGAGCGUCGAGUGUCCCACCGAGGACGGGGCUGCUGUUGGUAUGCGGCGACUCUUUGUCGCCGUGGGAACUCCCGGGAUCCGGAACCGGAUCUCGCGUAGCUUCGCGUGGCUCCGGGGGAAGGUUAUGUCGUCCGCAUAGCGUCGCGCGAUCGCAGUCCCGGCCGCUGCCCCAUUCGUCAUCGUCAUCAUCGUCAUCAUCGUCGUCGUCGUUCGCGAGCGAUGAAAUUUUUCGUCGCCCGGUGACAUUCCCCCCCGCGUGGCGACGACAGGUGUGUCCUCGGUCACACGAAUGUGUGCGCGGAUAUCCCACCAUCGACCCCGUGCGAGCCACCGACGUCCAGCGGAAGCUCUCCGGUUUCUCGUCAGCGAGAAGGUAGCGGUGAUGCGCGCUACCGGAUCAACAUAAUCGGGGACCCCGAUGACUGUCGACAAAACGGAUUACCACAAGGCAAAAAGGAUGAGUACCUCACUAACGUCACUUCAACCAAAUAGUCAAAGCUUGGAAAGGCAGAGACAUGUCAGAACAACGACGGAAAGACUGUACAACAGUCUUACCAAGAAAAGGAAAGAUCCAAAGCAAAUGAAUGUUCAAAGAAUGUGGAUAAACUAUGAAGACUGCAAAGAUGAAUUUUGGGCAGCUAUACAAUCUAAUUAUGAUUAUAUUAUGGAUACUAAUUUAAUCGAAACUUGUAAAGAAGCAAAUGGUGAAUUAACAUGGGAUGAAACAGACGUGUCGACGCAAUCGUGGAACUUGAAGGAAGUCAGCAAUCAAUUUUUAGAGCUUUACUCAUGGUUAUGGGUUCUUCAGGAAGUGGUUUAUUCCAAGGAAGAAAAUCUUUUGGACAAAAACCUGCGUGCAGCUCAUAUGGAAGAGUUGCGACGCAAGGCAUACAGACGCAAAUUGUUCAACGAGCAAGCAGAAAAAUUAAUUUCUCGUGCCCCUGCUUUAAAAGACGAAGUGGCGUGGCGUGUAGAUCAUUUAAAUGCAAGAUGGGAAUUAGUUGAGCAAAUUAUGGCACCUAUAGACCGACCUGUAUCUAGUCAACAAGAUAUAUCAGCAGAUUUUGAACGUGAAGUGAAAUGUUUACGAAAAUGGUUACGAGAAAUGGAAUCGCGUCUUCAACCUUUGGACUUCCACAUGGACUGGACUUUGCCAGAACUGGAAGAAAAAGCGGUAGAGCAUAAAGUACUCCAACGAGAUAUAAAGGCGCACGGGCGUAUCGUCAGGUCGGUUGUCAAAUUGGGAGAAAUUUUCACGCAGCAGCAACAACAACAACAGCAACAGCAGCAAGAGCAACAAGAACAGGAACAGCAUCGAAGAAAGAAGCAGCAAUCCUCGCAGCCUUUGCAGAUAGUAUACUCAUUGGAGCGACAUUGGCAUCUCCUGUUUCUACGUGCCUUGGAGUGGCAGUGUCACAUCGAGGCCCUCAUAUCUCGUAUAAAUAAGAGUAAAAAUAAGAACGCCGUGCCCCGCAGCGACAGCGACGAGGAACCAGUCACGAAACAGCCCCGUCUCAGCCGCGGACGAUCGCGCGGCUCCGGAGCGGAAUCGCAGUCGGGACAGUCGACUCGCUCGGCGCGCAGCGAACGCGCGAGACGCGCCGCCGGACGCUCGAGAUCCGAGUACUCCGAUCAUCCAGCAUCCGCGAGGAGCGACCAGUCCGACAGCGACGACCUUUCCGAGAACCGAUCCAUCGGCGAGGAAUCGUAUUUCGAGGAUGAACUGUGUCAGCUGUGUGUGAUGGACGCGAGGUCCGACGAGCCGGUAAGACGAGAGGACACUACUUCCACUACGUCCAUCGCGGGAGACCGAGGGGAGGAGGGUGACGUCGAGGAAAGCGGAGCGAGCGACAGCGAGCAACACGACAUGCCGCCCACACCGGACACCGUGCCGAUAACAACGUCGACGGCGGCGAUGCAGGAGACGUGCGACGAAAUCGACGCGGGGGGCGCCGUGCAAAUCGAAAGUACGGAAAAAUCGAAUAACGGCCUGCGGACGACGAGCGAACUUGCGAAACGCGGAGCAACGCACGAGGCUGCUUCGUUCAACACGUCCGACAGGAAAUCGAAGAACUGCGGUACUUUCUACUUCAGGCACCUCGACACCGACUCCGAGACAGAUUGUGGUCAGCUGGUCCAGGAAUCCCCCAAUACAGUGGACGAUUCCUCCGAGGAGGAGUGGACCUACACCUCUGCCCGAGCUCAAAACAGCUCGGUUGUCGUCUCGGAACAGCGAAAGACAAACGUUGUGGUCCGUCUGGAUUUUGGCGAGAGUCCGCGGGUUGAUCUCUCCGAAAAAAUGCAUUUUGCGCAGAAAAAGAAUUUGGACAGCAAGAAAGAAAUGAGCGUGGAACGCGAUGAUCACGAGGCUCAGCAAAGAGAUAGCGAUGACGAAAAGAAAAACGAUAAAUUGAAUAUCCAAAGGUUAAUUAAAAACGUUGAAAACUUGAUCGGUGAAGAAAGACGUACUUUUCCGCGAUUAGAAUUUGAGAAGAAGAACAUGACGAACAAUCAUCGAGCGACCGCGUGUGACCGCGUGAAGAAAUGGUUGAAGUUGAACGCGUCGAGAAGCUACGAGGGCAGAUCGCAGCCAUUAGAUAGCUGCGAUGCCAGCGGUGAGUACACGACAGAAGAAUCCGACGGAGAAAGACAAUCGAUAUCGUCGGACGAUUUGCAGAGCAGCGUCGCGACCUAUCGUCGAUUCGAAGGUACUCUCGGGUGCAUAUCGCAAUCCCUUUCGCAAGAGAUACUCGAUUACGUUCAGAAAACGCCUGUAAACGAGGCACCUACCGACGAAAGUAUGCCGAAGGUCAUAAUGCGUUCGAAACAAAAAGCGAAAGGAUCUAGACCGUGGAGUGUUUCUUGUAUUUCACAAAUUGGAGACAAUCCUAAUUUGGCUCAGAUAAAUAAUCCUAUCUUACCGUUCUCCAUAUCCGAGACUGCGCUUCAUCAAUUGGUCGCGACUCCACCUACCAAAUCCGUAUCCUUGGAUGCUGCAGGAUCACGGAAAUCAUUUAAUAAUUCGACGUCCACUUUGUUAGAGGAGUCUCUUAUGUGUCCUGAUGAUCGCGUAGCUAGAAAUAUUUCAUUUCGCAGAAAGAAAAAUAGAUUACGUAAGAAGACUUUGGGCCGUAAGAGUGAAUCUAGUUCAGAAAGCGCGCACGCUAAUCAUCAUUCGGCGGGAAGCGAUGGCAGCUCGAAUCAGCAACGCUCAUCCCGCAAAAUAAAUCUAAAUCGCACAACGCAUAUUGUUUCGAAAGAAAACUGCCAUGGUCAUUCGACGACUCUCGUCAAAUCUGGAUCUUUCUCAGGCUGUACCGUCCAUCAGCAAUUGCACGUAGAAAGAAUGCCUGUCAAUAAUCCUACGCCGCUCAGGUUACUCUGUUGCAAGUCAGUUGCUUCCACGUCGGAGACGGAAGGCGAGGAUCGUGACUGUGCUCAAGGACACUUCGCUUAUAAUAAUGAUAUGAUGAAUACUGUGCUGAAUAACAAAGAACUGAGCAAUCAGCAGUUGAAUAUAGAUAGUGAUGUAGAAAUGAAUAGUCUUGGUAAUAAUUCGUUAUACGAGGAGACUUGGGAUAAUUAUCAGGAAAAAUAUAUGAGCGAAGCUUACAGCGAGCCAUUAGAUAUAGAAACAGCUCGACGAUUGCUGGAUUUUGGAGAUGAUUAUCGAAACUUUCUCGAUAGUCAGUCGGAAUGCGCAUCCAGUAUAAGCGCAAUUCCUACUUGUUCAUCACUGCCUAAGACUCGCACAUAUCAUAAAAUUGGCGACAGUACGGAAGACAGCGAUAAUGACGAGGAAGAUUUACGAAAAAUCGCCGAAAAUUCGCAAGCGCAACUUAUACUUGCUGAAAAUACUUUUGUAAGAUCCAAUGGCGCGGUUCCCACAGAACUCGCCGAAGUGGAGUCUGCGUGUAAAGAAAACUUAGGGUGUUUGCAGGCCGUGCUGGAAUCGCAGAAUGGAUACUUGCGAUAUGAAAAAUAUUUGAAACAAGUUCGCGGUAUGAUUGAGAGAUGGGAAACCUUGGCAUCGCGAGUCGAGCAGGCGCAAAGUUUUCAUCGUGAACUGGCUACCAUGAAAACGGAGUUCAAAGCUAUGCAAGAUCGAUUUUUCGAUUACGAAAUCGUUCUGGAACAGCCGCACGUGCUUGAUGAUCGCAUCAGCAGAAUCAAUGCCGAGCUGGCUGUUCUGAACGACCGCAAGACGACAACGAUGCUCGCGGUGAACGCUUCCGUGCAUCGGCUGACCACCGAACUCGGUGCCUCCCUGCCAUUAAUUAGCUCGGCACUUAAGAAUGAUGUGGCGGACCUUUACAGGAUAUGGGAUGAGACGUCCCAAAAAGGUAAUCAGCAGCUAUGUGUUUUAUCAGCUGUGCAGAAGUUCGGUACAUGCUUGACCGAACUGCAGUCCGCUCUGCAGAGAGACAAGGACAGAUUGGCGCUCCUAGAUGUAGCUCUGCAAGCGGGUGCCACUUCGGAGGUCGCCUCCAACGUUCUUCAGCUCUCCCGGGUUCUAUCCGAGAAACAGGACAUCAAUUGUCAGAACGACUCGGUGCUGAAUGACUCGGUGCUGGCGGACGUAGCGGCGGAAGAGCUGCUCUCCGUAAAGUACACCGGCACCCCGGCGAGCAAUCACAUGCAGGAGGGUGGCUCGCUCUCCGACAGCGGGAUCUCCGACAGCGGCAGCGAUCAGGAGCUGAACGAGCGCGAGCGCAGGUUGGCCGCGCUUCGGCGACUUACGCGCAGCUUGGAAACUCAGUUGGCGCCGGACAGCAAGGCCCUGGCCGACCUCUGGAAGAAGAUCGAGGAUGCCGAGAGCGAGCUGCGCGAGUUGCGGAAGCAGUGCCAGGAGCUCAUCGUGCGCACGAUGGAGAUGGACGUGCGUGCCGCCAAGCGAACGGCCAGCCAGGUUCAUUAUCCCGCGGACAAGCGCAAAAGAGCGUCCAAUCGCGGUGCAGACGCGAAGAGCGGCAUGGAAGUGGUGUCGAUCACGAAGAGCAACGCCGGCGUCGCUAAGGGCGAUCCCGCCGACGAGUCGGCGUCCCAGAGUUGGUUCUGGCGACUCUUCAAGGUGUCACUGCCUUUCACCCUCGCCCUGGUCGCCCUUUUCUGCGCCGCUUGCCUCUUGGAGCCGCACUGCUGCGAGGCUGCGAACACGCUCACCCUGUCGCUCACGCCGCAAAUGCGCUACCACUUCGGGCCACCGCCGGUGUGAGCGGCACGAUUGACGGCAGGUAUACGAAAAAUAUCGACGCUAAAGAUCAAAUGUGUGAUUUUUGGUGAGAAAAAAAAAAAAAACGGAAUAAGAUGUACGUAUCCGUUCCGAUACGCAUCCGGGCAUCGCGCGAUUUUAACGGCCGAGCCCGCGGCGUAAGGCUGUCCGCGAAUUUUUUAGCGAGCGCGCGCGCUUAAUUAGACUGUUAAUCUUAAAUUUAUCGGAGCUUGUUGAAUUUGACAAUGCGUUUCCGGGAGAGAUGAUUUGCCGACACUUGACUGAUUUCCUCACUGCCUGCGUAUGUCUUCACUUCUUAUUUUUUUUUUUUUAUUUCGCACGAGAAAUUCUACCGAUAGUACCGUAAUUUCUGGCCGCAAGGUAUCAUGACGUAAGCUACUGAACAAAUCCGGUUUGGACUUAACUACUAUGAGAGGAAGAAUUUUCACAUACGCGAAAAUGAAGUAUUUUAUAUAUAUUUUGAAUUUUGAUGCGCGCCAGUGCUACGUAUAUAUUUUUGCACAUAGAAAGAGUGAUAGAUGAUUAAUGAUUUAAAUAAUUAAUCAGAUUUUGUACAGAGACAGCCUGGCAACGAAUCUCGAAAUGUCGCAAUUGAAAGUGUGUCUUGCUCUUUUAGAGUAUUUUAAUAUUUAAUAUUUAAGAAGAAGAUGCAAAAUUGCAUCAUUGAGUUAUUUUUCCGUCAUUCUGAAUUGCGCGCGUCAGCAGCCUAUGUUAUUGUUGAAGUGUAUAAAUAUUUAUUUAUAGAUUUAUAUAUAUAUAUAUACAGAGAUCAUAUAUUUUACUCAUUAUAUACUAUUCUUCUCGGAGGACAAUGUUUAGUUUUCCGCAGGAGAUGAAACCGGAAACAUAAAAUGGACUUUACAUGGUUUUUUGACGGGCGGGAGUCCAUUUACAUCGAAUUUCGCUGGGAAACGGCACUUGGAUUCCAUAUCGCUAAGCUUCCUAUUUGUUCCAAGAUCUCCCGCUGCUUUUAAUGCCAUCGUUUUUGUUUCCGUGACAACGAAAUUUAUUUCGACAUCUUUUUUUCUACAUCGCAAAUGUGUAAAACGUACAUGCACAAGCUAUAUCGGAUAUGUACCCUUUGUCGAGCAUGAUGGAUUUUUGGAAAACGCGGCUUAUGCAUGCAGAUUUCCCUACGAAUAUAUAUGUACGACGAUUGGCACACUGAUAUUAUAUAAUAGAAAUUGUCGAAUCUAAUUAUAGCAACGGGAUUUAUCGGCUGUUUGUAUCCGUGAAUAAUAAUAAUAAUAAAUAUGACUUUGCACAAUAAUAAUUUGGAUGCAUGCGCAUAUAGGUAUAGUUUAGCGAUUAUUGCAUGCGUUCUAUCAUUCCUGAAAUCUUCUGCACCUCAAAUUUUCUUAUUUUAUCUCGUGUCAAGUAAUGUUUGAUGUUCAUAAUAAUGUGCAUGCUAUUAUGGAUACUUAUCUUAGGAUAGCACAUACGAUCGGAAGAUAUAUUCAUAUGCAUAUAUCUCCUUUUAACACGGUUGACGAUUUUAGAUUGUGAUAUAUUUCUCGACAAUUCUUCGAUCUUUCUCAUGCAUGAUCUUUUAACGAGAGAAAGAGAGAGAGAGAGAGAGGUGUACAUAUGUCGUUACUAACGACCCAUUAACGUAAUUAGUCAGAAUAUCUAAUUGUAAAAAUCUACUCACCGAUUUUCCUCGUGAUGUGUCUUUGAUAUUCGAAGGCACUCGUAUUUAGAAGCGAAAUGGCUAAUGUAAAUAGACUUAAAGAGAAAUGGCGAGCAAAGUUUGUGGUUAGAAGGCGAAAAUUAUUUUUCCAAAAAGAAAAAUAAUGUUUAAAAAAUUUUUCAAAUACCGAACUUUUGAUAGAGUGAUUUGUGAAAUUUGUGAAUAGCGCGACUUGUCGCUCGAAAUCUAUUUUGUAAAGUCUUUUUGAGAAAA